AUAGCAAAGAAGAAGAGCGAGCAGCGCACGUGCGCGGUUUAAAAAAAAAUGGCUCAAGGUUCGAAGAAGUUUAAAGUUCAGCAGCGGCCUUCUACUAAAAAACCACUGAAUAAAACCAAAGCAGCCAAAAAAGGAGGCAGGAUCAUCGCGCCCAAGAAGGCUCGGCUGGUUCAUCAACAGAAACUGAAGAAGGGUUUAGAGGUCGCUAUCAGGAACAAGAUUGAACAGGAAGUGGCUCAGAAGGCCGCCUCCUCCCUGCACAAGCCGCUGAGUGUGCUGAAAGGACCUGGAGGAAAAGCCCCACCUGGAUCCAGCUCCAAGUAGGAUCAGUUCCAGACUGGGGCUGCGGUACAAAGAUGUUAAAUCUGAAGGACUGGGAUUAGUUCCACUCCCCAUCUCCGUGUCCAAACAGGGUUUACAGAUUUCACUUUAGGAAAAUGACAAGAAUUCCAGGAGGACAACUUGAAGAAGAUAUGGACUUUGGUUUUUAUUAAUUAUUGCAUAAAUGGGUGAGUUUGGUUUUUAAGUACAGCAGUUGACUAGUUUAUUUACCUGUGUGUAAUAAUACUAUGUGUCAGUAAUUUGUAGGGGUCGGGGUCUGUAGUUCUGGUGACCUGUACUGUGGUUUUGAGUCCUGAUUAUGUUGGCGUACAGACGCCGGUCAAAUGUGUCCUCAGGUCAUUGUCUCGUUAAAAAAAUAUAUAAUAAUAAUAAUAAUAAUAAUCCUGAAGCACCGUGUUGGACAGCAGGAGACCACAGACGUCCACGACCUGUCUUUUUUUUGUUUUUUGUUUUUUUUUACGCAUAAACACUCAGCUAUCCUGUCACUUUAGUCAUCUGCCAGUGGGGGACGCUGUUUCACCAAACUGCAAAUAUGGACAAUGGAAGCUAAUUGGACAUUAAAUAUUCCUGGAUCCAUUAAAAAUAAAAUAAAUUAGAUGAAGGCUGACCUCCAGCGAUUUAAUCUCUUUUCUUUGUAACAUUUUGAGUUCUGCUGUGCAGAAGAAACCAGAUCACCUCCUUUAUAUCUCUGGAUUAUUUCUUCAAUGUAUCUGAUGACUGGUGUGGAGGAAAAUAAAAUGCUAGUUUGGGUUUUGACCACAGAA